AUGCAGUUAGAAAGCAAGAAUAUAGAUUCUGCAGUCGUGAAGAAUGUUUAGGAUAGAAGAGGGUAGAGCACCACUUUCCAGUUUUGACAGCCUGGAUAGUGAUUUGUUUAAAUCUUCAACCUCCUCACUAUGUAAAUCAAUCAAAUAUUCAGUUGCCAGUAACGAAGGUAAACUGGACUUAACUGAAACUAGUUUCUACGGAACUUAUCCUAAACUUCCGCCUCAUAAACCUAAACAGUGGAAUCUAGUGUAUUUUAGCUCUUUGCAAACUCAGAAGAACGAUAGAAUUGAUAAAAAUAACCAGAAAGAAGCACUUCAACCCUGUACUAGUGAGGUGAAACCUGUACCAUGUAAAUCUGGAGCAAUAGGGGUACUCAUGACAGUUUUCAAAAGGAAAAAAAGAAAAAAGGAAACAAAUUCAUGCGAGUCAGGAAAGUUGCUUGUAAAAAGUUCCGCAGUUCUUGGAUGCGGGCCUGCUUUUCCUUCCCUUGUAGCAGGAAUAUCAACGCCCGGAAGAAAGCAUACAGUCUGGGAAGAUUCAGCAUUUAUCAAGGAUUGUCUGGACUGGCAUAACCUGUUGAGAGCCAGGCAUGGAGUUAAACAGUUACAACUGGAUCCAGCUUUGUGUGAGAUGGCUUACUCGUGGGCAACUUUUCUUACAAGUAUUAAUGAGUUUUAUCAUCAAAAUUCAGAACAGCACGGUGAAAACCUGUUCCUGUGGCCUAAGCAAUACCUUCCUUCUAGUAGUACAUUAACCAGAAAUCUAUGUACCGAAGUUGAUGGGAAGUUUGUAGCCAUACAUUGGUACAGAGACCAUUGUACAUAUCCGUACACUAAACCUGUAGAUAUACUGCACAGCUACUCAAGUGAAUUUACUCAGAUGGUGUGGGCCUCAACCAAACUUUUUGGAGUGGGCAGAGCUAAAGGGGAAAAUGGGAAAUCAAUCAUUGUUGCAUACUAUUAUCCUAAGGGAAAUAUUCCUUCAAAAUUUCAUUUGAACGUGGUUCAGCCUAGAAAGUUCAGAGAAAAAAUUGAAAGGAUAAAGACGCCUCCUAAAGUUAGACUGAAGCUCUGACACCUUAAAACAUAAAUAAGAAUAAAUAUGUUAGAAAAAUAUAUAGUUACAUAUUU